AUGAGUAACGAUCUGUUGGCUAACCUAAAUGCAUUCAAGAGCAAGAUUAAAACUGCUCCGGUCAUUACAACUAGGAAGGUUGUCACAAAUCAGGAUUCGGGCUCGGUAAGUAGUCCGUAUGGAUCGACAAAAGCUGCUAAAAGGGAGGCUUCAAAAGAUAACGAUGAUAGACUUGAUCAGGCCCAAGUAUCAGCUGCAAAAAAGCUAAAGCUUGGUACUGCAUCUCCUCAGAGGUCUGCUACUCCUAGUGCGACGGAAAAUGGUAAAUUAGAUUCUACACAUUUAUCCACCAAAAUGUUAAUUGCAACGGAAUAUAUCCAGGAGCGGGCUGAGGCCGUUCCUAUUGACCAGAUUGAGUCUUAUUUGUCGCUUCCCAAAGAUAACAAUGUAAUUCCGAUGCUUAAGGGGUUGGCAAAGUUUAAAUUUGAUCCAAAGAAGAAUACUCUGCAAUAUGUGUCAAUUUACGAUGUACACUCUGCUGAGGAAUUGCUGAAACUAACGCGGACGCAGGUAACUUUCAAAGGUAUUUCCUGUAAGGAACUGAAAGACGGCUGGCCACAAUGCUAUGAUGUUAUAGAUGAACUGGAAAAAAAGCAUCGUAUACUUGUGUCACGGACCAAGAAGGAUAAUUCGCCCCGUUUUGUUUGGUACAAUACUGGCGGGCCACUGCACGAAAUAGAGGAGGAUUUUGUGAAAAUGUGGGAGAAUUGCAAAUUGCCUCAGCGCCCAGAACUUCCUCGGAAGCUACAGGAUCUUGGCUUGAAACCGGCAAGUGUGGACCCUGCGACAAUCAAAAGACAGGGUUCAACAAGGGUUGAGGUCAAGAAAAGAAAACAAAGAAAGGGAAAGAUUACCAACACGCAUAUGGCUGGUAUCUUGAAGGACUAUUCGGAUCGGGUCUGA